CUGGAAUCUCCGGAGCAUCAAGCGGUAGAUACUGAAGUUGGGAACCUUCAGGCUGGCGGAAUCGGGACUGUGACGAUAGUGGUAGGUGGGAGUGUGGGAGUUGUGCACCCCUCUUGACAUGAUUCUCUCGGUUCGGCGACCCGGGGUCGGGAGUUGAAUUGAUCUAGAAACUUCGGUAGCGGGCAGUUCAGGCCUAGUUCGACGUGGCGACGUGUACGUGUGCAUCUUCUUGAGAACGAACCGGUUCCAGCGUUGUAUUGAGGUGGUUGAGAAUUGGUGUGAACACAUAGCGGAAAUCUGUUGCGAAGAGUGGUUUUUGUUACUUCCAGGUUUGGACACGAUCGAAAGCAGGUUUUGUCUUCCGUCGCAAGGCGUCGACGACAAUGGCUCCAAGUGCCGGAUUUACAGCUAGUGAGGUUUCCCCCGAACCGGCACCAGAUAGCAAAGCGCUUCUGGAGAUGGUGCAACUGCUUGUUACGAAGGGGAUCACAGAGAUACCACAAAAAUUCAUACAACCGGAGCGCAGUCGAGCCACCGUUCUUCAUCCUCCGGUCGAAACCUGUGAUCUUGCGCAGCUUCAUAUUCCAGUCAUCGACAUGACAGGUCUAGACGGCGAGAACAAGGACCAGGUCAUUGCAGACAUCGCCAAAGCUUGUGAAGAGUGGGGCUUCUUUCAGGUGCUCAACCACGGCGUGCCACCGUCUUUGAUGCGAGAUAUGAGACAACUGUCUGAAGAGUUUUUCGCGUUGAGUCCGGAGGAGAAGGAAGUGAACAAGAUAAAGCCUGGGACAAGCGUAGGCUACGGUCGUCUGUUCGAAACCAGCACGACGGUUGCCAACUGGGUGGACCGCAUCACCAUUUGGAGCUAUGGUGAGCAGAAACGAACCGAGCCUUGCAUGCCACCCAAGCCUGAGCGCUUCAGCCUGGUGGUGGCCGAAUAUUCCCAUGCCGUGGUGAAACUCUGCAUCAGGCUCAUGGAGAUUCUGUCUAUGACACUGGGGCUUGAGCCUUACACGCUGGGGGAACACAUCAACUCGAAAACCGUCGGCCUCCGAACUUCCUUCAACUACUACCCGCCGUGUCCACAGCCUGAGCUUGUGCUUGGAAUCAUGCCCCACGCUGACACCAGCUUCAUCACAGUGCUGCAGCAGGAUAAAACCCCCGGUCUGGAAAUCGAGGAAGACGGUCAAUGGAUUCUCGUUCCCCCAAUACCGGAUGCGUUCGUUGUCAACAUCGGCGAUUUACUCCAGAUAGUGAGCAAUGGCAGAUAUAAGAGCGUGAUGCAUCGAGUACUGGUGAACAACACGGUGGGCCGCUUCAGUAUCCCAAAUUUUUUCAUGCCAUCGAAGGAGACCAUUAUCCAACCCUUGAAGGAGCUUCUCUCGGAGAGCAAUCCUCCGCUAUACAGGUCCUUCAAGUUUGCCGAAUACAUCGCCGGGUUCUAUAUCAAGCCACUAACGGGAAGGCGCCUCAUUGAUUCAUUUCUGCUGGACCCCAGAUGACAACAUCCGAGUGCUAGCGCGUCUGUGUAAAUUGUCUACCACCUCUUCGAGUUCCAAUGAAUUUGCAGAAAUAGUUGAUGAAGUUUUUGUACAAUGGUUAGUGUGCCAAAGGGUGCUUCAGCACUAGAAAACUUUUUUUUUGCGUCCGUCUCAAUUGAUUGAUCUAGACAGAUGGUCUCCAGUUUGCAGCAGCCACACUGAUAGAAACUCAUGCUCUUAAAACAAAUCAGGUGACCUGUUUCUGAACGAUGUAAAUACACUCCAGAGUGUUUUGGCAGUUUGUGCCAAACAGUUGCAUGUUGCUGGUGGCUAAUCGGCCCACUGAGAUGUAUUCCUACAGCAACAAUCAAGCUUGUGAAUGCGGUUUAUAUGCUUUCUUCAUUCAA